CACAUCAUUAAGUGUCAAUAAUUUAUAUCUUCUUUCUGAAGCAAGUACUAUAGUGUUUAGUUCGUUCCAUCUCCUUUCAAAAUACGAAUUGCUACCAUAAAUCAUUUGUCUAAAAAUGAACUACGAGGACUGAACAUUAUAUAGCAAAAGGAACUGGCAAUUAUUUUCGACGUGUUUGGUUUUAAAAUUACCUGAAUGAUGGUGACGCGUCCUGUACUGCAAGACUUCAACCUGCUUGAUUACAGCCAUCAUCCAAUAGGAAUAAUCAUGAUUAUUGUCAUGGGACUAGCAGUUUGGAUAUUGGGAUUUCGCCUUAUCAAGGUUAUUGUUAUAGCUGCGGCCUUUAUAUUGUCUGGUUGGUCAUUCUUUGUGUUAUCACCCCAUUUCCUUCAUCUUGACGUGUGCUGUGCAGAGGGCACACCAGUACAAGUGCGUAUUGCGGUCAGUAUAAUCGUUUCGCUAAUGGCUGGUGCUAUCGCAUGUUUUGUAUAUAAACUGGGUUUGUUCUGCCUGGGUAGCUGUCUGGGGUUGGUUUUAGCUGUCGCAGGUUCAGCUCUUGUACUUACCAACAUACUUCAUAGUCCCUUAGCAUAUUAUGGUAUCUAUGGUGGAUGUGCUCUACUGAUAGGUAUAAUGGCUGUUGUAUUCGAAAAGAUAUUUGUUAUACUCGCUACAUCGGUAGUUGGUUCUUUGGCAGUAAUUUAUGAAAUAGAUUAUUUUGCCAAGACACCAUUCACGCAAACGAUGAUGUACGCGCUGGACCAGGUGAAGUGUGGACUUCAUAAUGCAGUCAACAAUCCUUCGGAGUUUCAUCUUCACUGGCGAGGAACACUCACUGAUAAAACUAUAGCAAUGUAUCUAGGAUGGCUUUUGAUGAUUCUGGUUGGGUUUUACAUCCAGUUCGUCUACACCAGCCAGGAGAUCAGCUCCAAACUAAUGGUGAAAACAUGUGGUGGAAACCAAGCAGAUUACUGUGAUGAACAUGAUGAGCCUCUCACUCCUCAGUACGUGUUGUUAAAUACAGCACCGAUAAGAACACAAGUACACGAGUAUGGCAAGGCUCAGAGGAUUAGGAAAUAUUUGCGGUAAUGAACGAGAUGACAUGAUACCAUUGGCACAAACUGAUAUACGAUGGGGACAUAUGAACAGUAGUCAUGACACGGGCCAGCACAUUAUACUACGACUUUCAGUGAUGCCAGGCAGAGUAUAGAUCUGAAAAGAACUGGAGACACGUGAAACCCACUGAUUUAGUARUUGUAAAUAAAUAAGGGACACUUGUAACGAGGGGUGGUACGAUAGUGUUACGUUACCAAGAGAUCGACCCGCAAAACUGUUUUAACUAGAUUUUAUUGCUUUUAUUGCUGUACACUGGAAUAAUUUUUUCUGCUAAAUCAAUGCUUCUGGAAUUAAAUAAAGGAUGUCKACUAGAUAA